AUGAGAGCCGCAGGUGCUGCCUCUGCUGGCGCGUUGAUUUUUUGCUUGCUCUAUUCGGCCGUGGAGUCGUGCCAGACCGACGCAGACUGUGGCACCGGCUACGCCUGCCAGUGCCCAGACGAACCUGGACCAGACAACAGUGGUGCAAGCCCUGCAGUGCGGCAGUGCGUGACCCCCACCGCUGCCCUGAGGUCGGCGAUGAUGAGUAUCCUGUGGGCCGCGCUGCCGCAAGUGCGGGGCACUGGAGACAACUGCACGUGCGUGCUGACGGAUGCGGUGGCGGCUUGGACAGGAUGCGACAGCGCUCCCGACGACGGCUCCGUGCCAGGCAGCUAUCGGUGGGUCAACGAGCUGGCCGAGGGGUGCCCGACGGCUGUGUGCGGCCUCGUGGCAGGGUCCCGGACCAUUGAGCCGCAGUGCUACUCCUUCAAUUUCGACACGGAGUGCGCGAUGCCGGUUGCGAGCGAGCUCUGCCCCACGCCAGUGCCAGCCUCGACGCUGAGCUGCCCCGCUUCGGGGACCGCCGCGUGCCUGACCGAGUAUGGCUACUGCAGCCCGCACGGCAACAACGCGCGGCCGAAUCCCGACUCGGCAACGGGCAUCGGUGACGGCAGCGCGAUGUCGGGCGUGAGCGACUUCGUGGGCUGUCGAGCCGCGUGCGAUGCCGAGCCGUCGUGCGUCGCCAUCGACCUCGUCUUCGGCACGCAGUGCUACCUCAAGUCUGCCGCUCCGGCCGGGGCGUCCGAGGGCGGUGGCGGAUUCGAGUUCUACUGGCGCACCGACGGCCCAAGCGUGCCGCCAGACUGUGUGCUGGACACCUCCACACUGCAGAGUCGAACGCUGGAAUGCGUCGGCUCAAUCAGAGGAUGCGCUGAGUACGACGCGGUGGACCUGGCCAGUGGGUUGUGCAGCUGCGCCACGUGCGACGCCCUGCUAAAUUGCGACCAGCAGGCGUCGGCCGACUCGUGCAUAUGCGAGGCGUGCGAGGCUGGCUAUGUGCUCGAUGGCAAGGGCGCAUGCUACACACCGUCGGCCCGCCCACUCACGGAGGUGUCAACCGUGCACGUCAUCGGCCAGCCAGUCGCCAUGAGCAAGGGGUACCACCUGACUACGCAGCGCAAUGGCUGGAAGCCUCGGCGUAUGCAGUCGGCCAGCUGCAACGACGGUCAGAAGGAGCGGAUGAUCGUCGCGUGGGACUCAACGGAGCCUCAGGGCUACCUGGCCGAAUUCGAGAUCCACUCCGACGGCACCUCCACGCUGCUCUCCAACCGCGCACAGCCGACCUGCGAGGAGAUGGGGGGCGUCACGGCCGCCCCCGACUGUAGCGUGAUCGCGGCCCUCUGCCACUCCAGCCACGGCAGGGGCCAGGAGAUUGCCGACCGGACGUACGAGGGCAUCAUCGAUUUCCAGGCCAAUUCGGGUCAGUACGGAUGGGGUUGGACGAAUGAUGAUCCGCCGAUGCCGCUGGACCGGCAAGAGGAGAUCUUCUUGAUGGAGUACACGCAAGGGACGACCGACGUGGCCGCCGCCGACGCGACAGUGUGCGUCAACAAGGCGAUUGGCGGUGCCGAGAUCGGGCACUGGGCCAUCUCGUUGGACGCGGCAGCGGAGGUGUACUUGCUGGACAUGAAGGCGACUACCGGCUACCACGAAGGCUCGAUCGGCGUGGGUGUGCAGCGCGAUGGCUGGCUAAACCGCGAUGACCUGUUCCAGGGGUGGGCCUGCGGCACCGGCCACACCAUCGGGAACAAGCUGACCUACAAUGCGGAGCUGGGCACGUGGGCGCGCCUCUGCUGGACGGACAACAACGUCCGGAAUGCCGCCGAGCCCGACGGGCCGUAUGCGGGCACUUAUCUGUUUGCGUGGUUCUUCCAGACUCUCGGUAGUUCCGAGCCCACGUCGCCGAUCCAGAUCUCCGCUUUGCCGACCGCCAUGUACAGCCAGGACAGCCCGGGAGGCCCGCACAGCAUCAUCGGCCUCGGCGCCGACGGGUGGAUGGCGGUUGGUUUUGGGCCUGUCGGGCUGGACAAGGUGACGGCUCAGCAAGAGGUGGGCACGAGCGUAUCAAUCGACGAACUCCAGCUGGCCGUCUCGAUCAGCGUGCUGCCGGCCAGCAGCACCGAGUGCGGAGGGAGCCCGGCGGACGACGACAAGUGCAAUUGGAAUUUUCUGACAAGCUUGCCCGGCCACAGCCUGUGGAAUUAUGAUGGGGAGAACGGCGGUCUUGGAUACGUCAACGUGCAGCAAAUGAGCCGGGAUGACGAGUUCCUUGUGGGUUACGCAACCAAGAUCAAUCAUCAAAAUACCGACGCAUUGUCUCUCACCUACCGUUUGGCCAAAAUCAGCAAGGACGGCACAGUCCAUCAGGUCAAGGUUCUCGAUAAUGUCGCUUGGGGAGAGGAUGACACAUGGGCCCGUCUCUCCAACGGCUGCGUCGCUUUCCCAUUUGUGGGCACUGCUACGCCAGGCGGCCCGUACAGCACAAGUGACGCCGGCGCCGACCAGAUGAGGAUCACUGUGAUAUGCGAUUGA